AUGAAAUCUGCUCGGAACCCGAAUAUUCCCUUAGCUGGUCCUAUAGUACUAGAAAAAGCUGAAUUCUUUGCAGCUCACUCAGGAUACAAAGACUUCAAAGCUAGCUCUUGGUGGUUAGAAAAGUUUAAGAAUAGGAAUGGAAUAAUCUAUAGGACAUUAAAUGGCGAAAGUGCUUCUAUUUCCGAAGAAGACUGCAAAAAGUUUCUCACCGACAUUUUGCCCAGCUUGUUAGAAGUUUAUGCAAUAGAAGAUAUAUUCAAUGCAGAUGAAACAGGUCUUUUUUCAAAUGUUUACCAGAUAAAACUGACAUUUAAGGGCGACACUUGUCAUGGUGGUGAAAAAAGCAAAGAUCGUGUUACUGUCAUGGCCUGCGCUAAUACGAGGGUGGAUUGA